UGUCACUUGCUUUGUUCACACCUGUAACUUACUGCCUACAAGAAUGGGAAAAGUUCAACAAGAGGAAAAAGAUGCCAAAGAAAAGACAACUGAGUUUAGUUUAGUACGGGUCAAAAGUACAUGGAAGUGCCAACUGGGAAAAAAGAUCAAUAAGGACAGAGUGGACAGUGUCUCGGCUGCAAAAAUCUGUGAAAGUGUCACAGAGAAGGGUACAACCUGGACAGUUAUCAGUCCCAUUGUCUUUACUUACAAGGUAACUGAAACUCAGGGCUUGCUGGACCCAGGCAACGACACCCUCCUUCUGGGCCACAUCAAUGACCCUCAGCAGCUAGAGGACAUUAAAAAAUCAAACAAGCCAAUCAGACGCUUUGUGGUGGUUGACCAGGCAGUCUUUCAAAUCUAUGGCUCCAAGCUAACUGAAUACUUAGAGGCCAACAAUGUCUCUUACAAGAUCUUGGCUCUACCCACCACUGAGGAGAACAAAUCUAUGGAGACGGCCCUGAAGAUCUUAGAUGAGGUCAACAACUUCUCUCUUGACCGACGAACAGAGCCCAUCAUUGCCAUUGGUGGAGGCGUGUGCCUUGACAUAGUGGGCUUUGCUGCCUCGCUCUACAGGAGGCGCACUCCUUACAUCAGAGUCCCAACCACACUGCUCUCCUACAUCGAUGCCAGCGUAGGGGCAAAGACAGGGGUUAACUUUGCAAACUGCAAGAAUAAGCUGGGUGCCUACAUUCCACCUGCUGCCACCUUCCUUGAUCUAUCAUUCAUACAGACUGUUUCCCGACGACAUAUCUCCAAUGGGCUGGCAGAGAUUUUAAAGAUGGCUAUGAUGAAGCACAGCGGCCUCUUCGAACUUCUCGAGAAACACGGCUCUAUGCUAUUGGACACUAAAUUCCAAAUUGAUAACAGUGUAUAUGGGUGCAGCACCCUAAAGGCUGCAUCACAGGCAACUCGCAUAGCUAUUAUGACUAUGUUGGAGGAGCUUGCCCCAAACCUUUGGGAGGAUGACCUCGACAGACUUGUGGACUUUGGCCAUCUUAUCAGUCCAGCAUUAGAGAUGAAAGUUCUCCCGUCUCUGCUUCACGGUGAGGCAGUGAACAUAGAUAUGUCCUAUAUGGUUUAUGUGUCCAAAGAGAGUGGUCUAUUGACAGAAGAGGAGAAGCAGAGGAUCAUCAGCUGCAUGGUGAGCCUGGAGCUUCCUGUCUGGCAUCAAGAGUUUACUAUGGAGCUCAUACAGAAUUCUCUGCAGGACAGGCUGAAACAUUCUGGCGGCCUGGUCAGAAUGCCUCUCCCUGUUGGUCUCGGGGAAGCAGAAAUUUUUAAUAACACAUCAUAUGAGAUCCUGCACAGAGCUUACGAAAAAUGGUGCGAGGAACUGAGCGCCGCUUCUGAGAGCAACUGUGACCCUUAAUAGUGUCAUCCUACAACCCCCUCAAUACUGUUUUUUUUUU